AUGUCAUCGUCCAGCUUAACGUCAAGUUCCAGUAAGGGCCAGAUUGUGAGGCCCGCAGGGUCCCAAGUUCAUACUUUCUUGGGAUUAUCAGGCAAAAAGCUUCAUUUUGCCGUGUCUGCCUUUGCUGGUGUCGGUUUCUUGUUGUUUGGUUACGACCAAGGUGUUAUGGGAAGUUUGUUGACUUUGCCCUCGUUCGAAAAUACGUUUCCAGCCAUGAAGUCCUCCAAUAACGCAACCUUGCAAGGUGCUGUCAUUGCCAUCUACGAAAUAGGAUGUAUGUGUUCUGCAUUAUCGACCAUGUAUUUGGGUGACAAGCUUGGAAGAAUCAAGAUCUUGUUUAUUGGUGCUGUUAUUGCCACCGUUGGUGGAGUUUUGCAAUCGUGUGCAUACACCAUUGCCCAUUUGAUUGUUGCUAGAAUUGUCACUGGUGUGGGUGUUGGUUUCAUCACUUCGACGGUGCCAGUGUACCAAUCGGAAUGUUCCCAUGCGAAGUCUAGAGGUAAGUUGAUCAUGAUGGAAGGUAGUAUUAUUGCCCUCGGUAUUACCAUUUCAUACUGGAUUGAUUUUGGAUUCUACUUCUUGCGUAAUGGCGACCACUCAAGUGUUUCCUGGAGAUUCCCAGUUGCAUUCCAAUGUUUCUUUGCCAUUAUCCUCGUUUGUCUCGCCCUUUAUUUCCCAGAGUCGCCACGGUGGUUAUUGAAGAAGGGAAGAAUGCAAGAUGCUAGAGUUGUUUUCUCAGCAUUGUACGGCUUGCCAGAAGACCAUGCUAUGGUAACUGCUCAAAUUGAUGAAAUCAUGAGCUUUGUCAAGAGAGAACAAGCAGAGGGAGCUGACGAUAUCAAGUUCAGUGAGAUCUUCAAGCAAGGUCCCAACAGAAACUUCCACAGAGUGUGUUUGGCCUUUUCCGUUCAGAUGUUCCAACAAAUUUGUGGUAUCAACUUGAUCACCUAUUAUGCUGGUACCAUUUUUGAGCAAUACAUUCAUAUGACCCCAUUCAAUGCCAGAAUUUUGGCUGCUUGUAAUGGUACUGAAUAUUUUUUGGCAUCUUUGCUUGGUUUGCUUUUCAUCGAAAGAUUGGGUAGAAGAUUCUUAUUAUUUUGGGGAGCCAUUGCUCAAGCUAUAACUAUGGCCUUGUUGACUGCUACAACUUGGGCUGCUGACAAUGGAAGUGGUUCCAAAGCUGGUAUUGCAGCAGCUGUGUUUCUCUUCGUGUUCAACAGUUUCUUUGCAGUUUCGUACUUGGGAGGUACUUGGUUAAUUCCCCCAGAAGUUCUUUCUUUGCAAAUGAGAGCCACCGGUGCUGCUAUCUCCACUGCAAGUAACUGGGCCUUUAACUUUAUGGUUGUGAUGAUUACCCCAGUCGCUUUCAAGAAUAUUGGUCCUUACACCUACACAAUUUUCGCAGCCAUCAACUUGCUCAUUGCCCCAUGUAUAUACUUCUUGUUGCCAGAAACUGCAGGUAGAAGUUUGGAAGAGAUGGAUCUUAUCUUCAGCCAAACUCCAGUGUGGCAACCAUGGAAAGCUGUUCAAAUCGCUCGUGAUUUACCAGUGGAGCAUGUCGAUGAUCAUUUAUUGCCCUGGGUGGUAAUUGAAUUUCGUGUGGAACGCAUUUGGUAA